UGAAAAUGCGUGUAAUUUUUUAUGCGAUUAGGCAGGUGGUGUGCUAAUUAUUCUAACAAUUUUUUUUCUUACAGGUAAGGGAGAGUGGAGCUAUUCGUCAAGGGUUACCUAAGUGUGUUCACGGCGUCAGUGGAGUGGCAGUUUUGAGCUGCACAGAUUGCAGCGGGAGCAGCACAGCGUCGAGCGACAUCACCGACCCCGGGUCCCCCUUCAGCACAGCGUCGAGCCAUUCGGAGGACUCGGCGUCGCAGCCGUCGUCGACGUCGAAGAUGCCCCCCACGCAGCAGACUGCCCAUCAUCCUCCUUGGCCUUGGACGACCACGGAAGACUCGAAUAUCAAUAAAAGGUCCAUGCAACUCGAAAAGACUGCUUUCCCGAAACGACUCAAGUCCAACGAGGACAACACAACUAGCAAACAAUCACCGCCAUGCCUAAAUACGUCGGGCAAGGGAUUAAUCCUAGCCACGAGUGACAACCCUAGUCCAAACGAUAAUAAUAAAUCCGGUAAUGUUAAGAAAAUGUCGAAGAAACCCGAACUGGCCAAGCAAGGGAAGAUCACAGAGUAUUUCAAAUCGCAGGUAAAACUGCACGUCAUCAAGAAGGAUUCCGUAUCGAAGCCCUCGAUGCCCCCCACAAAAUUCGUCUCCCUAGUCGACCAACAGACCCAAUUCAACGGCAUCCGCCCUCCCAAUUCCCGCACAACAUCGUCAAAAAAGUCCGAAACGUCGAAAUCUCGCAAGCUUUCACACCACAUAACAGUUCCUAGGAAGAUCCUUCCGGCUCCGAGCAAACUCCCGGACAACAUGCCCCUCCCCCACCACCCCCAGGUGAACUUCGCCCCGACGGUGACCCUCACCGCUGUCACCUUCCCGCCGAAUUUGACGUAUCUCCACACCAAAAGCCCCAAACCCCCCGACAACAACAGCAUUUUCGUGCCGCAAUUUGCCACAAUCACCAACAACAACAGCACAAUACCGAUCAUAAACCACCGAACUCCUUGCUUAAAUGUGAUACAACCUGUGCAGAAAAUCAUAAAUAACUUUAAUUGUGUCAAAUUAAAUGCAACGGUAGUGCCUAUCGUCAAGUUGAAUACGUUGCCUUCGAGAGUGGGGGGUUUUAGCGUCGAGACGGCCGUCCCGACGGUGCUCUCAGCUAAACUGCCGCCGACGACGACUAUCACCACGGAGGAGAAGUCGUCACCGUCGCCGGCGGAGUCCUCCGAUAGUGGGAUUUCGCUGAAGGAUAAUUUGGAAGUGGAGGUUGUGGAAGAGGCGACUGUGCCGUCGCAAAAAUCGCCCAUUUUGUCACAACCGAAGACAAUCAGAUUUCCGCCGGCGAAACAGGAGAACAAGGACGAUGUUAAGGAUACCAAAAGUACGCAUUCGCAAGAGUCGGGCUUGUGUAGAUGGGCCGAAUGCAGCGCACAAUUCGAUACCAGUGGGGCCUUAUUAGAACAUCUACAGAUAAAACAUGUGAUAUCGCAAGCAACUCAAGAACAGUACGUCUGCCUGUGGUUGGGUUGCAAAGUGCACGGACGCACUUCCUGCUCAAGAUCGUGGUUGGAACGUCACGUUUUGGCCCACGCCGGAACCAAACCCUUCCGAUGCAUCGUCGAUGGCUGUGGCCAAAGAUUCAAUUCACAGUUGACACUGGAGCGCCACGUGAAUGGCCACUUCACCAGCGACGGCAAUCAAAACAACAGCGCGAAAAAAUCAACCGAAAACUCCUCAGUGAAGUUGUUUAAGAGGAACGGGAAAAAGAUAAGGUUCAGAAGGCAGCCUUGGUCAGCACGAAUGUUUGAUUUUAUUGAUGGUGGUAUAAUGGAGGGACUGCAACAUAAGUUGUUGACGAUGACGCAAGACAGGACCAUGGGGCAAAUCCACAAUGCCGGUAAUACAGUGAACGUUUUGAGUCAAGUGAUGGCAAGGAGGGUGGAACCUGAUGGGAAAGUCAAGUUUUUGGUCAAGUGGGACCCAGUCGGAAUAAUCCCCGACGAAUGGGUGACGGAGAAAGAGUACGUGCCGAUGAAGUCGGUGCCCAUCUCUUCGCUGCAUCCAGCAGCCAAAGACGUCCUCAUCUCCUACUUGUUUCCUUCCGCUAAACAAGAACGGCGUCGCAAACCCAUCUCAAAAAAACAACAACAGCAACAAACGUGAUAUAAAUUUUUUGUUAAUAAAUUAUACGAUAAUUGUAAAAAGUCAUGAGUGAGCCUUUGUAAUAAUAAUAAUAAUAAUAAACCCAUGCUUGUGUUCAGACUGGUUUUCCACCAGUCAUUUUAGGAUUUUUCGUUCGGAUCUCGCUUGCAAAGGUUUGCUCGUUUUCGAUUGGUCAAAAAAAAAAAAAAAAAAUUCGUA